AGCGACAUGAAUUUCCGCGCAAGCAACGCGGUUUACGCGUGGACCCAGCCUUUGGGACUGAUAAUGGAGCACCAUCCGCUACUUCGUGUUACACUCUCAUCCCCAUUCCUCUGAACAGCUCACAUUCAUGUGCACUCAAGAGAACGACGAAACGAUUUUGGACGUCUUCGGAGAACACGAAGAAGUCAUUUUGGACGACCUUUAUCCAAAUCGGGAGACGAGAAAGAGAAAAUCAAGUAUCUCUGAGAGGCGAAGAUGGAGCCUGCCGUAUUUCAUGAUCACAAGUCCAGAACUCGCUCACCGCUCGUGCGCGUCCACUCCCGUGUCUACGACCGGAAGCGAGCGGUUUUCCUCGAGCGCUGAAGAGGCCUGUGAUGAUGCCAAAUCUUUCCCCUUCAUCCUGGGCAGCGCGCUUGAAGUGACGCUCCGCACCCCAUUCCCGAUUUCGUCGAUCGGCAAUUCCACCAUUUUCGCUGGUCGACUGAAGGCCGAAGGCAAGGCCCCAGUCAGAGUGGCGCUCAAGCUGAUUCGUAUCAUAGAUGAACCCCACGACUCUGCCGCAUUGAACAGUCUAUUUCAGAAACUACGCACUGAAGCCCGGGUGUGGAAAGGUCUCGUCCACAAAAACAUCCUCCCAUUCAUGGGCCUAUCCGAAGAGCUUGCGCCGAGCCCCAUCCUUGUCUAUCCAUUCUGUCGAUUCGGGAACAUCGCAAGAUAUCUAUCUGGAAGUCAAAACGUCGAUCGGCUGAACCUGAUCCGAGGAGUAGCAGCCGGCGUGAAUUACCUCCACCGUUGCGGGAUCGUGCACGGUGAUCUGCGACCGUCAAAUGUGCUUGUCGACAGCACAGGCAAGCCAUGCGUGUGUGACUUUGGAGUCAGCCGUUUGAUCUCUGAGGCGGGAUUCAUCCCGAGAAAGCGUACGAUCAACUACACAGCACCCGAGCUCCUCGCGAUGGAAACGCCAGAAGGCGAGCCGGCUGUACCCACGGCCGCCUCGGACGUCUACUCCUUUGGUAUCCUUGGGCUAUUUAUUCAGUCCUCGAAGACACCGCGCCGCAGAACGAAUAAAGUGGUUGUCGACCGCAAAGCGCUCGAGGAGCUUGCACCACAAAGAGAAGCAUACCAGACUCUGGUUUGUGACGAGCUGUGGCGCGUCCUGGAGAUGUGCUGGACGUUCGACGCGCCGUUGCGGCCGAACAUGGACCUCGUCCAGGAAAAGAUUCGAUUGAUGCGUUAGAUUCGGAGAAACUCACGGGGCAUCCACUAGAUAAAUACUUUCGAAGACUCAGGUAUACCCAAUACUGCAACUGUUUGUUUAAUAUCUCGAGGGUGUCAUCCAUCGUCUGCUUUCAAU